UGCAGGCAGGCUGUGACUUCCUCAUUCGACUCCUUCUAGGGGAGGCAUUCACCUGUCAGCGCCUCUUGGCAGCUCCAUUUGCCCCCCUUCCUAAGUACAUUUUCCAAUCCAGGGAUGGGUUGAAAACCUGCUGCUCCCAGCACCUACAGCCACACCUUUGGAUGCUGACCACAAGAACAACCAGGUACCAAUUGUCUCUGGAGCUGGGCCUUGUAGUUGCACUGAGGAGAUCAGGAGUUUCCAGGAAGCCCCUGGCUCAAUCUGGAUGUGAGAAAGAAAUGUGUGGUGAUGUGGAGAAGAUGGUGGGCUCUCCUGGCUAUUAUGCUGGCUUCCUCCUUCCUGUCCUCCUUCUCCAGGUGUCUACAUGGUACUCAACAGUGUCCGGGUUUUCUGUAAAGGGACCGGUUGAGCCAACCGUGGUUCUGCUAGGGACAGAUGCCACUCUGCCUUGCCAGCUGUCCCCUGAGCAGAGUGCAACCCACAUGCACAUCCGGUGGUACCGAGCCCAACUCUCCCCUGCUGUGCUUGUGUACCAGAAUGGACAGGAACAAAGUGGGGAGCAAAUGCUGGAAUACCGUGGCAGGACAGCGUUGGUGAGGGACUCCAUCAGCAAAGGGGGUGUGGCCCUGCUGAUCCAACAUGUCCGUGCUUCUGAUCAUGGCCAGUACCGGUGUCAUUUUAAGGAUGGUCACAGUUCCCAAGAAGCCGUUGUGGAGCUGCAUGUUAUAGGGUUGGGCUCUGUGCCUCAUGUUCACAUGAUGGGGCCUGAGGAUGGUGGGAUACGAGUACUGUGCUCUGCAGAAGGCUGGUUCCCAAAACCCAGGGUACAGUGGAGUGACAUGAUGGGUGUGAAGUUACAGUCUCUCACUGAGUCUCACACCCAAGAUGAAGAUGGGCUCUUCCAUGUGGAAGCAUCUCUUGUGGUCACAGACAGCUCUCUGGGCAAUGUGACCUGUUCCAUCCAGAAUCCCCUCUCUGGUCAGGAGAAAGUGUCAGCCAUCUUCCUCCCAGAGCCCUUCUUCCCCAGGAUGUCUCCAUGGAAGGCAGCCCUGGUUGGGACAGUCCCUACGCUGGUGCUCCUCCUCACUGGGAUCAGCUACAUUGGCUGGAGAGAACACCAAGCCAAAGAAAGAGAAGUAAAGAAAAGGAAGAAAGAAUCUCAGGAAAGAGAUCAGAUGGAGAAUGAAAAGGAAUUGGCACUUAAGGUGAAAGAGAAGCUCAAGAAAGAACUUGAACAGCGAAAGGCACUAUACCAUGCAGUUUGGAAGAAGGCCCUGCUGUAUCCUGACUGGAGGAAGGAACAGUUCCAGCCUGCCACUGUGACUGUAAAUCAGGAAAUCUUUCAUCAGAAUAAUUCUGACCCAGAGAGAAAAGAGAACUUCAAAGAGGAAACACACAAUCUAUCUCUCAGGGAUAAGCAAGGAGACUGCAACCUUAUCACACUGAAUCAGCAAGACUUCACCUCAGGAAAACAUUACUGGGAAGUGGAUGUUAAGGAUGCUGAUGAGUGGACUCUAGGCAUUUAUGAGAAUCCCACAGACAGCAGGGAGUUAUCCAAAGAUCUACAAAACAAGAAAUUCAGAGUCUUAGAGAAGAAAGGAUGUGAAUACAGGGCUCUCACCUAUUGCCUCCAAAACAUUUCUCUGCAAGAGUGUCUCUUGAUAAAAAAGUGUCCACAAAAGAUUGCGAUUUUUUUGGAUUAUGAGGAUAAUGACAUUUCUUUCUAUGACAUGACUGAGGGUACCCACAUCUUCUCCUUCACCCAGGCAACUUUCUCUGGGUCACUCUAUCCUUACUUCAACCUUAAAUCCAUGAAGCUCUCCUUAUAGGUGUAAUAUUAAGUGACUUAGAGGAAGAACCCAUACUGUGAGGAUAAUAGCCCAUUCUCUGUAAACUCUAGAUUGCUAGGGUGUUUUUUUUUUAAGUUUGUUUAUUUAUUUUGAGAGAGAGAGAGAGAGUGGGGAAGGGGGAUAGAGGGAGGGAGAGAGAGAGAGAAUUUCAAACAGGCUCCACACUGUCAAUGCAGAGCCUGAUGCAGGGCUUGACCUCAUGAAGCAUGUGAGUGCCAGAAGACCAUGACCUGAGCCAAAGUUAGAUGCUUAAUCGACUGAGCCACCCAGAUUACAGUUCUGAUGGGUGACCUCAGGCUCACUGAUUAUGAGGCCUCUUGGCCUGAAGGUCCAUGAGUCCCUGUGACCAGAGUUUCUGACUAUAUCCAGCAGUGUUUCUGAAUUGCAGAGAAUCUUUUUGUUGUAGUUGUUAUUGUUAUAAGUGCUGUUUAUUGCUUUAUAUUUAAUAUAUCACAGACUGGUAAUUUUCUAAAACAAAUUAUUGUAAAAAUGAAGUCAAUAAAAAACAUGCAUACAAUUACAUGUUGUAAUUAUUGUUAGAUUCAACAUUCUUAAAAUUUCUCUGUCAAUUUACUCUAAAUGUUAGAAAUACUCUAUUUCUAUAUUUAUCUUGUAAAGAAGUGGUAAGAAACAGUUAAUAUAGUUCACUGGUGUGUGAACCAUAAUUUAAGUAGCACUUCUAAAGCAGUAUUCACAGGAGUAAAAGUUAGAUAAACCUCUUCACAUUUCCCAUUGCAACACUGAAUAAAAGUGACAAAAUAGUGCUAUUUUCAAAUGCUGAAGGAGAAAAGUUAAAUUAUAAUUUGAUGCAAGCUAAGCUAUAUCUUAAAUGCAAGGAUAAUUUGAGGAAAGAAAAAAUAAAUAUCAAUCACAAUCCAAUUCUAACAAAUGUGAUGAUGUCAACAUGAUAGCAGUCUGGGAAAACUAAUGCAGUGAGAGCAUAUUGAAGUAUUUAUCUUAUAAAGAAAGAGAGAGACAUUUUAUUACUGCUUUGCCCAAGAUAUUAAUAAGGGAAAUAACUAUUUUGGGGAAUUCUAAGUAUAGACACCAGCAGAGAUAAGGAAAGGGCCUUCUUCUCCUUCCAAUCAAAACUGUCAUAUUAAAAUGAAAUGACUAGAGGAAACAAUAAUUAGUGUUUAAAUAGGGGUAAGAAGAGAAUGUGCUCCUGUGAACUGUACUGAAAAACCUGGUAAAUUCUGUGGAUAUGGAGUAGAGUACCCAGAAGAGUCUUGCUCCAGUGGCAGGGAAUAAUUAGACCUAAACUGAUCCAAUACUGAUGAACAAACCUUAAAAGCAAAGCUCAACAGGAUCAAAUUAUUUACAAGUAUCUAACUUUAUUCCAGAGCAGAGUUCAAGUUAAAAUUCACAGCCAAUCAAAAAUUACGAGGCUUGGAAAGAAGCAGGAAAUCCAACUCAUAAUGAACAGAAAAUCAAUAAAUUAAAAGUGACAUGGAACUGAUGAAAGUGUUAGAGAUUUAACAGACAAGGAGAGGGGCGCCUGGGUGGCUCAGUCGGCUAAGUGGCCGACUUCAGCUCAGGUCACGAUCUCGCAGUUUGUGGGUUCGAGCCCCGCGUCGGGCUCUGUGCUGACAGCUCAGAGCCAGGAGCCUGUUUCAGAUUCUGUGUCUCCCUCUCUCUCUGACCCACCCCCUUCAUACUCUAUCUCUCUCUGUCUUAAAAAUAAAUAAACGUUAAAAAAAUUUUUUAAAAAAAUAGACAAGGAGAUUAAAACAGAUGUUGUAACUAUAUUCCAGAUAUUUAAAAAGUUCACUGUAUUCUAGAUAUUCAAAAAGUUCACUAGAAAUAUGCAUUUAAAAGAAAGACCCAAAUUCAAAUUCUUUAGUUGGAAAAGACCAUGAAUGAGAUGAAAAUUACAUUGGCUAUGACUGGCAGCAGAUUAACAGUUACAGAAAUAAAUGAUUAGUGAACUUGAAUAAAUAAAAAUGGAAACGAUCCAAAAUAAACCGCACAUUUUUUUAAAGUAUUUUUUAAAUAGUAUCAGUGAGUUGUGGGAAAACUUUAAAGGGCCCAAUACAAAGGCAAUUGAAGUUUUUGAAAAGAAGAGAAGGGAGGACAGAAAAAGGAUUUGAGAAAAUAAGAGCCAAAUAUAUAUUCCAAAUUUGAU